CAACAUGUUGACAAAGCGCAUGGGCACGCCGCCUCUGACCUGAUCCUCGGCUUGAUUACGAUGUACAUGAUAUAUGAACGCCUCGCAUCACUUGCGUAAGCUUUUUCCAUCUCUUAUUUGCCAGGGUACUACUUUCUCAAUCGCGACUAGCCGGCAUGGAUGAUGCGUUUGUCUUCGUCACCUCAACUGGCCGGCCAGAUCUAGCAGAGUCAAAAGUGGAUAGACGCAAGAUUCGCCGCCAUGCUAUGCACGGUAUUGCAAUCGCUCGGCGAGCGAAGGGUGACUAUGGACAGCAUAAUCGGCGACAACUUCCUCUCUUCCUCGAGCCUACUGCAGACAAGGAAAAGGAAAAGGAAAACACAUCUCCCCAGCAAGAACUGUUCAAUUCGGCACUAGAGGCCGUUUAUAUGAUACCCCCGCCUCUCUCAGCACAAGGCUACGAGCUCGCAAAACUCACGUACGGUUUCGACAUCCUCUCACUAUCUGCCUUAGCUUCCGUGCACCUCAGUAGAGCCUUUGUCCGAAUCCUAGCAUUCAGUCCCGCGAAUCUGCAGAAACUAGCCCAACUGCGCCAGCCUUCGUGGCUGGACUUCGUCCCUGCGCGGUAUUCGGAAAGCAGAUUGCUCCAGGCUGCUGUCGACUGUACUUUAGCUCGAGCGCACCGCUCGCUGCAUCCGGAUUGGGGGAUCUCGGAAACCGCGGUGAUCAAGCUCUACCUGAAAGCCCUGUCUGAGCUGCAGGAAGCGUUGGGGGAUGAGCUGGAGGGACGAUGGGCGCGUCCGGAUGUGCUAUGUGCGACUAAAAUACUCGCGUUUUAUGAGUUUCUGCAAUUCUCCCAGUUAGGACGGUGGCUCCACCAUAUUGAUGGUACGCGGAAGUUGAUGAGACUUCGCGGCCCGGAAAAUUAUUCGUCGGAUUUCGAGCAGCAGAUGUUAAUGUCUCAAACGGGCACGAUCUUUCACGAAUCCAUGUCUAUCGGUGAAGACUGUUUCCUCGAGGAGCCAAAGUGGAAAGCACUCCUGUCAUCAAUCGCCGUUGUUGAGAGACCAACGAAUAUAAUAAAGAGUCCUCCUGAUUGCCACCCCAUACUCUCCUCUCUCUGGAUACACGCCAGCCCAACCGCCCGUCUCUUCAGACAGACAAGUGUUUGCAUCAUUGGUACCGGAGCUGAUGACCCAGGAACGAUCCUACAAUUAAUCCUCGAAGCGUACCAGACCCGCCAAAAUCUCCUCACCUGGCGUGAAAAUUUCACUAAAUUCGCCGCUGGGCGGCAGGCCGACCGGUACAGAUCCAGAUUCCGCGAACUUCUCGGAGUAUCCCUUGCUGUGCAAAUCGUGCUCAAUCGUCUGAUCGUAGCACUAGAGCCUCGUGCAGCAGAAGCGAGGACGUUUGAAAAUGAGACACAAGAAUUUGCAGAUCGAGUUAUUGUGCUCUGCGACGAGGCGGCGAAGGAAGCCUUGCCUACAGCUAAUAUGCUCUUGGCUGAGAAGAGGGGUAUUGCAAAGGCAGCGAAGGAGAGUGGAGAUGAUUGGAUGGGGGCUGUCUUGGGUGGAACGUAUAGGACUUGUCGAGGGAGAAAAUGUGUGCCUGCAGCUGUCUUCGAAAAGUGGUCUAUUUCUCUAAGCAGGCGGGAUGUGGAAUGGUAGAUAGCUAGAUGGCCACAUAAUUAAGCAUCAUCCUAAGC